CAUUAAAAAAAAAAUAAUAAUAAUACAAAAAAUAAAGAAGGGAUGCAAACAAUACAAAGCAAAUAGGCCUAGUCAUUUCAAGAGGAGUGAUGAGUGCUGAGAAGAGAAGAAAGGGGGGUGUGAGAUGAUGAGGCUACUUAGAUGUGGCAAUCAGGAGAGGGCCCCUCAGCAUGUGUGCUGAGGUCUGUACCUUUUUUGGCUGCCCUGCUCCACAUAUGGAAUUCCCAGGCCAGGGACUGAAUCUGAGCCAGAGCUGUGGCCUACCCUACAGCUGCAGCUGCAGCAAAGCGGCUGCCGAGGAUUGAACCCGCGUCCCUCCUGCUGCAGAGACGCCAUUGAUCACGUUGCCCCACAGUGGAACCUCCAUGUGCUGAGGUCUGAAUCAUGAAAAGAAGCUGCUCAGAGGAAGAGCUGUAGCUGCUGCUGUCUUAUCUGGUUGCCACUGACCAUAUGGAGCUGUUUAAAUUUGCAUGUAAUUAAACGAUAUUUAAAAAUCAGUUCCUUUAUCACACUGGCUGCAUUUCAAGUUGUCAAUAGCCAGCAUAUGGCUAGUGGCCACCAUGUUGGACACUGCAGAUAUAGAUCAUUUCAUUUCCAUCAUCACAGAAACAUUACAUUAGGCCAAGCCGACCUACAGAAAGAAUACUGGGGGUGGGGGGAGGCGGUGGCGAGGGACAGCAAGAGCAAAGGCCAUGGGGCAGGAAUGGAUUGGUGUUGAAGGGGCGAUUGUGGUCAGUGCCAUGAGCAGGGAGAGAGAAGGCACCGAUUAGGAUUAAACAGGAGAGAAAGGGAAAUGAGGUUAGUUGCAGAAGAGCACCUGUAUGUACAUAUAGUUCAAAGAACUGCCUCCUCUCAUUUCACUUGCUGUGGCUGAAGUUAAGAUUAGAUUUGUCUGAUAAAAUUUUUAGAAGUAGAAUGAAAAUGAUCUCUGGAGAUCAUAUAAGGCAUGUAAAAACCAGUUGAGGGAAAAAAACCUCCAUUGACAAAUAAGGCAAGGAUCCAGCAAGUCCCGACUCUGAGAAAUACUGGUUGACUCCAGUGGCCAGUGGGUGAGGUCAUGGUGCUGCCUCUUGGCCUUAAAAGGAGGGAGCCAGCUAUUCUAACAGAAGCCAAGAAUAUAAUUUCCCAGGUCUUUCCCCCCAAACUCUUAAAAACAGGACGGUGGUGUUUUGGUUUUUUUUUUUUUUUAAUCCUCCUUAAUAACAGUUCUCCAUAAAAGUAGGAUUUUGAUUCUUAAAAGGCUUUGUCUUAAAAGGCUAGAAUUAUAUUCUGUUCCAUCAACAGGAGCAUCUGUGUCUGAACUUCAUGUCGUAUCACUUUUCACGACGGGCUCGUCCCUUUUUGCGCCUGUCUCUUUGCUAAACAGGUUUUCUUCCUCUCUUUGUAAAGGUGCCUUUGUCUGAACCAAUAGUUACUUGUCUUUACUGUAAACACAGUGUCCAGUGACUCUCAUUUGGAGAGCUGGUGGCUUUGCAGGAGGGAGAACGUCUUGGAGGUCACUUUCUGGUGUUUGUAUUACAAAGUAAGUCACCAGAACUGAAAACCAAACAAAACGCAAACUGCUCACCAACUCCUCAGGGCUCCCUUCUCCUAUUACCUUUGAUUUCAGCUCCCAGCUAGCAUUUGUUGAAUCAUAAUUAAUCUGAUCGAAUGUAAUCUGAUAAUUAGUAGCUGUGUCCAAAUACAUACACUCGACUCCUGUUUCAUUUGCCCUUGAAAGCGACAACGUGGUUCCAAACUGCAGCUUUGAACUGGAGAAGUUGGGCCGGUUCACGUUGCAGGCUGUGAACUUCCUGGGGAGGCGGCCGCCAGGGACGCUUGCGCCCAGGAUGCCAGCUCCGGGCCGCUUCACCUGAAACGCUGUGACCUGUUUGUGUCCUUACGUCAGACGUCCUACCAAGGACAGGGAAACCCUGGCGAAGCUUUAGGAGCAGCUGGUUCCCAAGCACAGGCUGUAACUGCAGGCGAGUCAGGUCAUGAUUGCUACCUGGAUGCUCUUCUCUUUCUUUAAGAAGCCUCCUGAGCUGUCUGAGGAUGAUAUCCGGCUGAAAAGCGAGAGAGAGAACUAUAGUGCCAACUCCCUGGAGCCUGCCACCAACUCUCUUCCUGCAGAUCACAAAACCAUGGAAAUUGAGGUCUCUGUUACAGAAUGUAAGAGUGUGCCCGGAAUCACCUCCACUCCGCAUUCCUUGGACCACCCCUCCCCUUUCUACUCGCCCCCCCACAAUGGCCUCCUCCCUGAUCACCAUGAAUCUCUGGAUAACGAUGUGGCCAGAGAGAUCCGAUAUCUAGACGAGGUGCUGGAGGCCAACUGCUGUGAUUCUGCUGUGGACGGAACUUACAACGGCACUUCCUCCCCGGAGCCUGGAGCAGCCGUCUUGGCAGGCAGCUCAAGCCCACCCGCGCACACGGCCCUCCAGCCGGAGCCCACGGAGAGAGUGGCUGGCAGGCAGGCGCCACCUCACAUUGAGCUCCAUCAGAGCAACUCUGACACCAUGGCAGAGGGUGGAAGGGCCAAUGGCCACCCCCCCGAGCAGCCCAGAGACCUGCCGGGCGACAGCCUCCAGAUGCCCGUGAGCCCCAGCUCCUCCACCAGCUCACGGGGUUCCUCCCGAGAUGGGGAGUUCACCCUCACCACGCUGAAGAAGGAAGCUAAGUUCGAGCUGCGUGCCUUCCAUGAGGACAAGAAGCCCUCCAAGCUCUUCGAGGACGACGAGAAUGAGAAAGAGCAGUACUGCGUCAGAAAAGUGCGGCCUUCGGAAGAGAUGAUGGAGCUGGAAAAGGAGAGGAGAGAGCUCAUCCGGAGUCAGGCUGUGAAAAAGAAUCCUGGCAUCGCAGCAAAGUGGUGGAACCCUCCCCAGGAAAAGACCAUUGAGGAGCAGCUGGACGAGGAACAUCUGGAGUCGCACAAAAAGUACAAGGAGCGCAAGGAGAGGAGGGCACAGCAGGAGCAAUUGCUGAUGCAGCAGCAGCAGCAGCAGCAGCAGCAGCAGCCACCACCCUGUGCCACCCCUGCAUCCUCUCGAGAACCUUCCAGCAUGACUGAAAACCCAAAGGAAGACAUCGUCACGGAGCAGAUAGAUUUCUCUGCGGCCCGUAAACAGUUCCAGCUGAUGGAGAAUUCCAGGCAAACAGCUGCCAAGGGCCAGAGUACACCCAGGCUCUUCUCCAUCAAGCCCUUCUAUAGGCCUCUGGGGUCAAUCCACUCAGACAAGACGCUAACCAUCUCCAGACCGGCUUCUUCGGGGGGACCUCCUGAAGAGUCCUCUGCAGCCAAGGGACAGAAAGCCCACUGUGCCCCGGAGAGCCAGUCCUCUGGAGAAGGAGGAGGCGGCCAGGGCAGCACUGCUCCUCAGGCGAAGGAAGGGCCAUACAGCGAGGCCUCCAAACGCGGGCCCUUAUCCAAACUGUGGGCCGAGGAUGGAGAGUUUACGAGUGCCCGGGCCGUCCUCACUGUGGUCAAGGAUGACGACCCUGGGAUUCUGGAUCAGUUUUCAAGGUCAGUCAAUGUCUCUUUGACCCAAGAGGAGCUUGACUCUGGUUUGGAUGAGUUGUCGGUGAGGUCCCAGGAUACCACGGUCCUGGAGACCCUGUCCAAUGACUUCAGCAUGGACAACAUCAGUGACAGUGGGGCCUCCAAUGAGACAACCAGUGCCCUUCAGGAAAAUUCGCUCGCCGAUUUUUCUUUGCCCCAGACUCCCCAAACUGACAACCCAUCCGAGGGCCGAGGGGAAGGCGUCUCCAAGUCGUACAGUGAUCAUGGUUUCUAUUCCCCUUCGUCCACCCUGGGAGACUCACCUUCAGUUGAUGACCCCUUGGAAUAUCAGGCGGGCCUCCUGGUGCAGAAUGCCAUUCAACAAGCCAUCGCCGAGCAGGUGGACAGAGCUGCGUCCGAAACCAACAAGAGGAGAGCAGAACAGCAGGGACCUCAGGCCAGUGCAGAGGAAGCUGGAACCAGGGCUCCCAGCUCAGAGAAGCCUCAGGGCAUGUUCGAACCACCUCAGGUGUCCUCUCCUGUUCAAGAGAAAAGGGAUGUAUUGCCAAAGAUUCUGCCUACUGAAGACAGGGCGCUCAGGGAAAGGGGGCCCUCCCAGACACUGCCGGCAGUGCAGCCCAGUGGCCCCAUAAACAUGGAAGAGACCAGGCCGGAAGGGAGCUACUUCAGCAAGUACUCGGAGGCGGCUGAGUUAAGAAGCACAGCCUCGCUCCUGGCCACUCAAGAGUCCGAUGUGAUGGUUGGGCCCUUCAAGCUGAGGUCCAGGAAGCAGCGGACUUUGUCCAUGAUUGAAGAAGAGAUCCGAGCCGCCCAGGAAAGGGAAGAGGAGCUGAAGAGGCAGAGGCAAGUCUUGCAGAGUACCCCAAGCCCCAGGGCAAAGAAUGCCCCAUCACUGCCCUCCCGAACACCAACACCGUGCUACAAAACUGCUCCAGGGAAAAUAGAGAAAGUCAAACCUCCUCCAUCCCCCACACCUGAAGGUCCCAGCUUGCAGCCUGACUUAGCCCCCGAAGAGGCUGCCGGAACGCAGCGGCCCAAGAAUCUGAUGCAGACCCUCAUGGAAGACUAUGAGACACACAAAUCUAAAAGGCGCGAGAGAAUGGAUGAUAGUAGUUACACCUCUAAGUUACUGUCUUGCAAGGUGACUUCCGAGGUCCUUGAGGCCACACGUGUUAAUCGAAGAAAGAGCGCCUUGGCCUUGCGCUGGGAGGCGGGGAUCUAUGCCAACCAAGAAGAAGAGGACAAUGAAUAAUCAACUUCUUUCCACCCCAGGAAGCUUCUUUGGUGCUUGGGUUCCCAAGAAACCAAGAAAUCAACACAUCGAAGCAUUUUAAUACAAUAUUUAUUAAAGUGCAAACAAACUCAGCAAUCCUUGUGUAGACCAGACGCUGCAGUGUACAAUGAUGAACAAUAAAGUGAAAGAAAAAAGUCCACCCAUCAAUUCGAACUCCCAGGAGUCAAAAGAGAAAGGAUUUUUUUUUGGGGGGGAGGGGGCCUCAAAGGAUCGCCUGGGUUUAAACUGAUCCACAGUUGAUCCAAAAGGACAAAGAAGCUACAAGCAAAUCGACGUGGUUGCUAUGGGCAGAACCAAGACCAGCCUCGCUGGGUGAUGAGGACAACCAUGGUAACAGAGCCAUUUGGAGAGCCACCGAGCUGGUGCCAUCCACCCGGCAGAGACUUCCCCACGCCUACACCUGUUUCCCACCCAUCACAGCGUCAGAGGUGUUGGGCUAAUUCCAUUUACUCCAGCAGCCAUAAAAUGAAUCAUGUUUCUCUCUUGAUUUUUGCCCAGAAGAGGCAGUUAUGAUUCCAUGUUUCUUCUUUAAGUGUUUUUAAUUGGGCUCAAUUAAGGAUCACAAUCCAUAUUUUGAAGACAAUAUUUCUUCACGUUGCAGACACAAUCUGUUCUACAUUAGGAGGUUGAGAAAGGCGGAGAAAGCCAAACCAAAUGGAUUCUUUUAGCUUUAGGAUCUUGUCUGCUUAUGAUAUUGACAGAGCUGCAAUUUAUGAGAAUACAUUUUCACAAUUCUGUUUCUUCCUAUGAAAACUAUAUUUAGCGGGCAACAACUAUUUUUGUGAUGGGAUGGGGGAAUAUAUCCAUGUAUAAAACCUGUAACAUUGGACAGCUUGGUUCAAGAGGGGAGGGGUAUUUUUAGAGCGGCGGUAAUUGGAAAAAAAAAAAAAGGCGAACUCUGCCUUUGAGAGGUAGAUGACAAGACAUAAAAAGGUGUUUAUAACUAUAUUUUAUAUAUAAAGUGGACCUUCAAGGGAGUAGGAAGAAUCAUAGACUAUUUUGGAUCAAUCAGAAAGGAAACAGUAAAGAAAGCUCAUGAAAGGUAGAGAAGAAGGGAAGGAGGGAGAGUGGGAGUAAAAGGAAGGAAGAGAUAUUAUUUUUGAUGAGCAACCAGUGUUUUUCAGGAUGAUACAGAGAAAAAUAUAGAAUAGAAAUUUAAGUGCAGGCUUAGGAUGAGCUACAAAUUCUAAAGAUGGUGUAUGUCUGUGUGCGCGUCUGUGUAUUUGUGAGUAUACACAUGCCUUUGUGGGUUUGCAUAAAGCAUGUGUGUGCUCACAAGUAAGGAUGUAUGUGUGUGUGUGUGUGUGUAUGUGUGUGUGUGUGUGUGUGAGAGAGAGAGAGAGGAUUAAAAUUCCAGAAUGAUCAUGGGACAAGGAUGUUCACUUAUUUCCUCUGAAGCUCUUUGCCAGCAUCAGGAAUGAGUGAGAAUUUCUUUUUUAUGAAAAGGCUAUAGAGGUUUCAAGCAGAUACAGUAUUUGUAAUAUUAAGUUGACUUAACUCAUGUGAACUCGCAUGAGUCACAAUGGCAAAGUUUUGGGCAGUUUUGUAGUUUGGCAUUUAGAAAAGUACCAUAUUUAUUCUCAUGCUUCGUAUUCCUGCUUAGUAUACGCUAGAAGAUGCCAGUUUUACUCUUUCUGUCAUUUAAAGCAAUAUGAUAAGGGUAUUCAAUCCUUGCAUACCCUCAAUUUCUGGAUGAGAAAAUUUUCAGUUCUGGAGAAGAGGAAAAAAAAAACAAAAUUGACCAGCCUUCUUCUUUUUUCCCCGUUUGUUUUAAAACUAUAGGUUUUGAAAAAGCAAUAAGUCAGACGUUACUAAAAUCCUUUUUUGUUUUUAUAUUAUUUUGUAAGUGCUAAUACGUUAUCCUGACAAGUAGCAGUUCCACCUUGUACAGAGAUAUCCUGCGCAUUAUUUUUGCUCCUUUCAUUAGACGAGGGUCGACUUUACAGGGAAGUUUAUUCCUCAAGAAGUGGUGGACAUAAAGAAGAAAUGGAACUGUCUGAGAGCUUCCAAGGAUCCUUUAAAACUGCCAAGGGAGCCUACAGUUUGAAGUCAAAUUCUACAAAUGGGUAGUUGGUGCUGUCUUUCAAUGGUUCAUUCUCCCGAACAUUCUGAAUGAAUAAAUCAACACAACAUGCUAUUGAGACUGGGGAUACGAAACAAUACGAUCCCCACUGUUGGGAAUUCAUUUGCAGGUGGGGGAGGCUGGCGUGGGAACACACCUUCCCAGGAAAGUGAGAUCAGUGUUAGAUGAGGAGUCCUGACAGGUGAAACAGAGGGCACCCAGGAAGUAUGCUUUGCCUGAAGGUUCUUCAGCGUUCCCAAGGCAGGCAUAGGAAUGGGACCAGAUGGGGCAGCAGCUCCAUGGGGCCCAGGGGCAGCUAGGAUACCUUGGAGAACAGAAUGGUUCUAGGGGUUGCAUAAGAAAAUGAGACACGGCUCAAGAUUUCUGGAUCACCCCUGGGUCUGGUAGUGACCAUGGACUUGGUAACAGAGGAACGACCCAUCUUUUGCAAGAGGACACCGUCUUCAGGACGUCCCUGGAGUUUUUGGUCUGUUUUGAAGGAAACCGUGUAUGCACCUUAUACCUACGUUUGAGAAGAGAACGGGCAGCUGAAAAGAAAGCUUAGGAGGCCAUGCAAUUCCUGGACUCGCUUUAGAGGCGGACCAAGUGGUGUCUGACUGCAGUUGAUUGACCCAGCCACGCAUAUGACACAGAGUUGCAGAGCGGGGCUCCUUUGGUCCACACUCCAAAUAGGGGCCCAAUGCAGCGUUUCUGUGACCCUCCCACAGUCCCAAAGCCGUUUAACUGUGGCCCCUACAUCUCCAUCAUUUGCUUGUUCCCUUCUGAUGACCGUCAUCAAUGUCCUUGCUCCACUCACUCAUAAUCCCGUUAAAAUGUAAAUUAAUCCCCUUGGAAGAAGGGCCAGGUUUUCUCUGUGCUCUUGAGAUUUUGUGUUUUUCUUUUCUUUUUUUUUUAGUCAUUGGAGGAACAUUGGGCCACGGCUGUGUACAUAGCACUGUGCUAGGCUCUUGGACCCCAAAUGAACCCCUUUAACGUUGUGAAGAGGCAGCAGAUCCUGGAGGAAAGUCAUCUCUACCUACUCCAUUGAGAAGAAGAGGCUGGUCCCCAACUUGGCCUCCGAUGCUCGUCCCUGCCCCCAAAUAGCACGCAAGCUUGUUAAUCUCAACUAGAACAAAUGUUUAGAUUCUGUAGAUGUUAAAAAGCUUUCCUGAAAGUAUUCGAUUCUGCAGUGUUUAUAGAUGCACACUUUCCUCCGGAAUUAACUGCUGACAUUCCUUGGCUUUCUCAUCCAGAAAUUAUGGAAACAGGGUCUGUCAGUGGCAGGAGGCUGGGCUGUGUCCUACAUGGAUGACACAGUGCUAUUUCCUCGCCUCUUUACACCCAUGCAUGCUGCCCCCCCGAAAAAUGACAUAUAAACAGUAUAUAGAUCAAUGUCCACACAUGUACACAACACACACACGCACACACAAGGCGUAACAAACACUAAAACAGUGUUGACUCUUGUCUCUGAAGACAAAUCAAACAUUUUUUUCCAACUAAAGAAUGGAUGUAAUUAAACUAUGUAUUGAAAAAAAAAAAUAGCCUAAGUGUUUAGAGAUGGUGACUAUAUCCAGUUUUAGUGACAGAACCAAUUUCCUGAAUUUUAAGCCUUCAGUGAGUGAGCUGCCAAUUUUGAUUUUGUGUUGCUCUUUACCCAAAGGACUUUUUAAAUUUUUUUCCUUUUUGGAGGAGGGGGGCAAAAAGCAGCAAUACUGUGUUUGAGAAUUCUACUCUGUAUCUGGCUCUCCUGUGUACGUUAACCACUUAAAUGUUAUUAUCCUGCUUCGGUUUUAUAGUGAUUGUGAGGCAUUCGAUGCAAGUAUACAAUUAUUUUCUCAUUAAAACCUGGUGUGUGUUGUGUUUUU